CACGUCAACAGAGUGCCACAUCAGCAGAGUGCCACGUCAGCAGCAAAGUGCAGCCGGACACUAAAUGCGCCGCAGCCAACGAUUGGCAGAUCGCAAAUCCAAGGCAGCCAAGCCCCAACAGGGACCCAAGGCACUGCAGAUCCCGCGCAGGCGACGCACAGCCAUGGCUGCAGCAGCCGGCCAUGCCGACAGCAACAUGCCAGGCAGUCCCAAGAGGCUGGUUCCCCCUCCUGUGGCAGUUCAACGGGCAGAUGAAGACGCACUCACGUUUCUCGAGAGUCUCCAACAGUAUACGGAGGCCAAUGCCACCGAACUCCGCACAUGGGAGAAGGAGAAUGCCGCCCGACGGGAAGCCAUCCGACUCCAACAAGAAGCGAAACAGGCAGCACGUCCGCAGGCCGCUGCGGACUCUGCGGCAGCCGCACGGCAGCAGCAGCAGCAGCUCGAGGCAAGUCAGACUCAGGCUCGGUUCCAGGCUGCCAUGAACCUUCUCAACGAAGAAGCCGCAUACGACACAGUAGUUCGACAACAACACUUCCGAGCAACUGAGGAGCAAGAAGAACCAACCGAGGAAGAGAGAAACAGGGAAACUACAGCAGUCUUAAUUGAGAACCUGUUGUACACGUGCAAUUGGCAGCAACGUGAACUGUUGGCUAUGCGGCAGGUCCUCAUCCGCCAUGAAGGCAACUUCAAGGCUAUGGAUCAGCACAUCACUGCCCUGCAGGCCGACACCGGCAUUCUGCAGGCCGCCGACAGCCAACAGCAGGCCAUCAACGACCGACUGCAGGACUCCGUCGAUGCCGGGAUGGCACAACUGUCCGUAGUCGAGUCAACGGGCGGUGCCGUUUCAGACAGCAGCCCCGCUUUGGCCGCUCAAGCCAAACAGCUCGAUGAGCGGAUCAAUCACAUCGUCACAUCCCUUGGCGACAUCAGCAAGUUUGCCGGAACCUCGACAGACAGCAGUCAAUUGAAGACGCUCAACGAGCAAGUCCAGCAACGCGCAGCCGCCAAGGAAUGGAAGAUGCCGAACUUCAAGAUCGAGAAGUUCGACGAUUACCACAAGAAGGAUCCGCUGCAAUGGUGGAUGGCGUUCAACGCGGAGGCCGACGUACAUCAUACUCCGCCCCUACGGCGGAUGGAAGCAUUGUACCUCCAACUUAUAGGCGGGGCGCAAGCAUUCAUGACGCACAUGGCCGUCACGCUCGAAUGUACCAUCGCCACCCUCCAGCCCACCAAACACGUCAUCUGCGCCUGCCUCGACAAGGACAAGGAGAAUGUCAAACGUCCGGGGCUCGGGAAACUGAGCACCGCGGGAAGUGUCACGACAACACUUCCCAAUCCGCCGGGGUCGGCUGCCUUGCUAGCAGCCUCUCUCACAUCCGGGGACACCGCGGUAGUCGCAAGUUCUCGCAUUGAGUUUGAGAACUAUGUUGUCGAGCUGGUCCCACUGUUGAACCAGCCCCUCCACAUGCAAGAUUCAAGCGUAUGCGUGGCAGUUCCGUCGUCGGACAACGAACCGGUUGCUUCGCCAGCCCUUCCAACGGAGGACCCGUCAACUUGGACGAGACUUGAGGAUCUCGACCCGUUGACGGUUGAGGACUUCCAAUGGUUGCCUCUUCCCUCCACCGGUUCUUUGCCAGUUUCGCAUCGCAAUGCCUUAAUGGCACAUCUACUCGAAUACUUGCACGCUGCAGUACCACCUCCGUUGACGGACAGUGGAGUAGCGGUUGUUGAUCUUCAUAACUAUCUUGCGAAGAUCGACCGCGAGUACGCAACGCAACGUGCCUUGAUCGAUUGUGGAGCGACUUGCAACUACAUCAGCCAAGACUUCAUGGCACGCGUCAGGCUUGGCCCGCGCGUUCGAAGGAAAAGUCGGCCUACGCACGUCACGUUGGCCGAUGGUCACACGCAAAAGUCAAUCGACCGAUGCGUUGACUCGGUGCCCGUAUACUUUGCCCCGCUAGCAUGCGAGGCCGUGUCUUUCGACAUAUUGGACACCAAGUUCGAUACGAUCCUACGCAUGUCGUGGCUGCAAAGCGAAGACCAUCCGGUGAACUUCCAUCAACGCACCGUUCACGUUCGUGAUCGGCUCGUCGAACUAGUCCCGUGUACGGUGCCGCUUCCUCAUCCUUCGAUUGGUUGUCACGUGGUAUCCGCGGUGAACAUUCGCCAAUCCAUCCGGCGGAACGACAUCGAGGAAAUGAGCAUAUGUUUUCUUCACGCCCUCCCACCUGGUGAUCAGCCCCAGACGGAUAUGUCGGACCCACGCAUCAUUGAGCUGUUGGACAGCUAUGAGGAUGUCUUUCAAGCUCCCGCCGGACUCAUAUCGGAUCGGCCCAUACGCCACGGGAUCACUCUCGAGGACGGCGCCGUACCUCCGCGCGGAUGUAUCUACCGCAUGAGCGAAGAGGAACUUCAAGUGCUUCGGGCACAACUAGACGACCUCUUAGCCAAGGGCUGGAUUCGCCCUAGCUGUUCGCCAUACAGUGCUCCCGUUCUCUUCGUCCGGAAGAAGAACAAGGACCUUCGUUUGUGCAUCAACUAUCGGAAACUUAACGUGCAAACGAUCAAGAACGCCGACCCUCUCCCUCGGAUCGAUGAUCUUCUCGAGCGACUAGGCGGGGCCAAGUACUUCUCAAAGCUUGACCUCAAUCGGACGCUGGACGAGCACCUCGAGCAUCUUCGCGCCGUUUUGGAGCGGCUUCGUAUCGCCAAGUACAAGGCAAACCGCGACAAGUGCGAGUUUGCCCAGCAAGAGCUCGAGUACUUAGGCCAUUACGUUACGCCGCAAGGCAUUCGUCCGCUCGCGGACAAGGUACAAGCGAUUCAAGAUUGGUCGGACCUCAAGUGCAAGGAAAGAUGGGACAAGGAUGUCAGGAUUAGAAAGGAGAAGACAAUUGUAGGUGAUAUGGUGCUUCUCUACGAUGCAGCAUUAGAAAGGACAUGGUCGGGGAAAUUGGCGAACAGAUGGAUGGGACGCUACCACGUAGUCGGCGCGCUCAGCUGGGGAGCAUAUAUGAUUGCUGCAUUAGAUGGGUCUAAGUGUAAGGAUCCUGUGGCAGGAGUUAGACUGAAGUUGUUCACCCCGAGGGAAACCCCUACCCCUGCACUAACUCUGCCAGAUCCAAAAGGGAAGGAGAAAGCCAAGGUGGCAGAUGAGGAACCAUCGAGACGGUUCAAGGUAGGUGAGAGUUUGAGGAAGAGAAAGAGAGUGGAGACCAAGAAAAUGAGUGGCUUAACGCUGGGAAAGAAAAGGAAAUGGCCUUUUGUGCUGCAGAGAGUCCGCGAUGAGGCGGGGCAUUUGCGACGCUGCCACUCCAACGAAGAAAGAAGCUGAGAAACAUUCGAAUAUCUAAAGCCCAAAGAGGCAAGAAACACCCUCUCAGUCCUAGAGUCAAUGAAAAACCUAAGCACAA